AUGGAUGUCCCUAAUCCAUUUGUGAAUCUACCUGAUGAGCUGAUCGAAAAUAUUCUCAGAAGAAUUAGCUAUGAACCUGAAUUAACGUCGACUAAUCAUGUCAAAUGUCAGUAUGAUGAUCAGACGACUACAUACUAUUUUGAUUAUGACAUACAGAGACCGUAUCUUUUGAAAACGUAUGCCAGCCUGUUCAAUGUGAUGUUAGUAUGUAAACGAUUUAAUUCCAUAAUAAAUUCAAAUUCAUUUUGGCUUCAUAAAUGUAUCGAUGAUCAUGUGAUAACUUCACAUCAAGAGCAAGAUAUUUUGAUAAAAAAUGAUGUUCGUUUUGACAAAUUAUAUCGAUUUAAUCCGUUUCAUCGUGGAUUCAACUGUAUUAAAAAUUCUUGUGGUGAAUUAGGCACUAUUGCUUUUUGGGAUCAAAAUAUUGAUGAACCGGAGCCAUGUUCGCCUGAAACAGCAAGUGAGAACAAUGAACCUACUUCACUGACAUCAGAGUCUCAUGAGGAGAACAACGAUGACAGUUGGGAGUCGGAUAAUGACGAUGACUUUGAUUAUGAGCGGAUGCAGCGUAAUUCAUUGCCAGUCAAAGUUGAACGCGAACCCGGUGGUUGUCAACGUUUAUAUGACAAAUAUCAUCGAUUAUGUUCGUGUUUCAUCACUUCUUAUUACUGGGGUCAGCUUAGUCAAAAAAUUUUAUUUCGUGAACAUCAGUAUUUAUACAAUAACAUCAAACCGACAAUAGAAUUUUCUUUUUGUUUUGCUCCACGACGAGACUGUGCUAGUAAAUGCAUGGUCAGGAUAAGGUUUUAUGAUAGAAAUAAUGAAUUAAAGCAUGAGUGGAGAUAUAAAAAUUCUUGGCCAGCCGGUAUACAUUGGACAAGAGUCUGUUAUUAUUAUCGAAAAUACAAUGCAUUUCCAAAAUAUGCAACAGUCUCAAUCCGAGGAAAAGAUGUCAAACUAAUUAAAAAUCUGGAAGAUUUUGACAAAUUUUGUUUAUUAGCAGAAAAAUGUUUAAGAAGAAAAUAUCAAUAUUCUGAAAUGACGAGAACGUCAGCAACGAGAUCUAAAAUUAUUUUAUAUAAUAAUCAUCAACGUGAACGUGAAUAUAAAUCGGAUGCUGAUUUUAAUCGACUAGCAACCGGUAUACAAAAAAGUUAUAUCGACGGGAAACUAGCUGAUGCUCAUAAAAUAAGUCAUAUUCAGUGGCUUUUUGAACAAGCCAUAAAAGAGAACGACCCACGAGAUGUUGUUAAAGCUUACACAGCUGAAACUGAUUUUUAUGUUCGUCUUAAUACUGAUUUGGCUAUGAUGGAGAAAUAUUGGAGUGGUGAUAAACAUGAGCGACAUGUUGCAUCAAUUUUUACAUUUCAUCCAGCAUUUGAACCCUAUCGAUUUACAGGUGGAACUUAUCAUGGGGUUAAAAUAUCCGAUAGUGGUUUGAAACCAUAUAUUGUCGGUUCAGAAUUUAUGAAUAAAACAUUUUUCAGUACAUCAAAAGAACGUUCGAAUGCUGAAAAAUUUAUGAAUGAUUUAAACCCAAGACAACCCUGA